CGUUUAAAGAACAGAAAGAGGGGCAUGUAUUUUAUCUGUGUAUACAAUUCUUUCUGUAGUUUUGGUAUACGUUCUCUUUCACGCUACCUUAAAAAUAAGUAGGCUACUGGCAAUAAAUUUAAUUAAGGAAAAAUAUCGGUUGUUGAUAAAUUAUUGCUUAAAAAAAACAAAAAAACACAUAAUAUAAAAAGAAGAGGAAUAAUUGAAAGCGGACCCGAAAGGUUGCCGCACCUCCACUGUCGGUACUUUAUAGUGUGACACACAGCGGCCAGUAGCCUAAACAAAGCGGGCAUCAGCUCGUCUCCUCUCAGAUUUGUCUGUUAUUCUAUCUUAUAGUUUAAUAAAACAACAACAAUGUGUUCAGCUGAGAGUCUGAGAGAGUUUGUCGUCGAGCGACUAACGGCUGCUGCGGAAGACAUUUUUGUAGUUUUUAAAAGAACUAUCGUCGAGUACGAGGAAGAAAUCGAUCGUCAGCGCAGACUGCUGGAUAUAGAUUUGAAACCUCAAAUCAACUUUCACAGAACAGAUGUUCCACAGCAACAUGUCUGUAAGGAGGAGGAGGUUCUGGUCGACCAGCAGCUCUGUAAUCAGGAGAGGAACUCCAGUCCAGACCAAGAUGAGCCAGAGCCUCCACAGAUUGAAGAGGAGCAGGAGGAACACUGCAGCAGUCAGGAGGGAGAGCAGCUCGUACUGAAGGAGACUGACACAUCCAUGUUGACUCUUACUCAUGAGGAGAGAGACCACAGUGAAGUACAACUACUAAAUGAACAUCAGCCCAUUUCUAACAGCUCUCAUGAUGCUGAAGAUCAAGAUCCCACAGGAAGUGAGCACAUCAACAAGGGACUAACUUCUGCUGAAGACAAAUUUGUAGUUUCAAAAAAUACUAACGUUGAGUACGAGGGAGGGAUCGAUUGGAAGAGCAGACUGCUGGAUAUCGUUUGGAAACCUCACAUCUACCUAAACAGAAUAGAUGUUCCACAGCAACAUGUGUGUAAGGAGAGGAGGAGGUUCUGGUCAACCAGCAGCUCUGUAAUCAGGAGAGGAACUCCAGUCCAGACCAAGAGGAGCCAGAGCCUCCACAGAUUGAAGAGGAGCAGGAGGAACACUGCAGCAGUCAGGAGGGAGAGCAGCUCGUACUGAAGGAGACUGACACAUCCAUGUUGACUCUUACUCAUGAGGAGAGAGACCACAGUGAAGCACAACUACUAAAUGAACAUCAGCCCAUUUCUAACAGCUCUCAUGAUGCUGAAGAUCAAGAUCCAGAAGGAAGUGAGCUCCAAGACUCAGAAUCAACUCGAAAAUCAGAACCAAAGAAAAAACUUCCCAAAAGAAGUAAGAACACUAAAACAUCAGAAACUGACUUUAAGCACAAAGACUCAGGCUCAAGAAGAAAAUCAAAAAGGCGAUUUUCAUUCUCAACAUGUGGAAAAGAUUCUGAGAUGAGUACACACACAGGUGAGAAGCUGUUUGUUUGCAAAUCAUGUGGCAGAUCUUGCAGAUCUGAAAGUGACUUGAAAGUCCACAUGAGAACACACACAGGUGAGGACACUUACUCCUGCAGCACCUGUGGGAAAAUAUUCUAUCAGAGGUCUAAGUUGAACAGACACAUCAAAAUUCAUUCGAACGUAAAGCGGUUUACCUGCUCAACAUGCGGCAAACUUUUAAGAUCUCAAGGCGAGUUGACAAUCCACAUGAGAACACACACAGGUGAGAGGCCGUUCUCCUGCAGCACCUGUGGGAAAAGCUUCUAUCAGCAGUCUACGUUGACCAGGCACAUCCAAAUUCAUUCGAACCAAAAGUGGUUUACCUGCUCAACAUGCGGCAAACUUUUAAGAUCUCAAGGCGAGUUGACAAGCCACAUGAGAACACACACGGGUGAGAGGCCGUUCUCCUGCAGCACCUGUGGGAAAAGAUUCCUACGCAUAUCAAACUUGAAUCGUCACAACGGGAUUCAUACAGCUGGAUAGCCGUUUACCUGCACAGCAUGCAGCACACCCUUUAAGAUCGGUGGCCUCAGUGGGAAAGGGGUCAAAGAGAACUGAAUGUGAGUGCAUUGGGAACUGUCCCUAUAAAUGACUCAGAAAAGCAUAGCAUCCACAUUUUUUUUUUUUUUUAUACUUUCCACUGUUCGAUAUUUUUCUGGGUUUUUUUUUAUGUUCACCUUUGUCUUAUGUUACAUGUUCAGAAUAAACAAAUCAAAUCAG